AAACUUUACACUUGGCCCAAUGCAGUCAGGCAAAGAACACAUUUCCACUGCUCUAGAGUCCAGUUACCACUGCAUCCAACGCUUUGCAUUGCACUUGGUGAUGUAAGGCUUGGAUGCAGCUGCUCAGCCAUGGAAACCCAUUCCAUGAAGCUCUAUAUGCACUGUUGUUAUGCUAAUCUGAAGGCCACACAACGUUUGGAGGUCUUUAGCUAUUGACUCUGCAGACAGUUGGCAACUUCUGUGCACUGUCACUUCAGCAUGCGCUGACCCCGCUCUGUCAUAUUGCGUGGCCUACCACUUCGUGGCUGAGUUGCUGUUGUUCCCAGUUUCUUCCACUUUGUUAUAAAACCACUAACAGUUGACCGUGGAAUAUUUAGUAGCAAGGAAAUUUCACGGAUGGAUUUAUUGCAUAGGUGGCAACCUAUCAUGGUACCACUUUUGAAUUCACUGAGCUCUUGAGAGUGACCCAUUCUUUCACAAAUGUUUGUAGAAGCGGUCUGCAUGCCUAGGUGCUUGAU